UCUCUUCUCUUCCAGAUGGUCACAAGAACAAAGAAAAUAUUUGUAGGCGGAUUAUCAGCUAACACAGUAGUUGAAGAUGUGAAGCAGUAUUUUGAACAGUUUGGCAAGGUAGAGGAUGCUAUGCUUAUGUUUGAUAAAACUACAAAUAGACAUAGAGGAUUCGGCUUUGUAACUUUCGAGAACGAGGAUGUGGUGGAAAAGGUCUGCGAGAUUCAUUUUCACGAAAUCAAUAAUAAAAUGGUAGAAUGUAAGAAGGCCCAGCCGAAGGAAGUGAUGUUUCCUCCAGGGACGCGGGGGAGAGCCAGAGGUCUGCCCUACACCAUGGACGCCUUUAUGCUGGGAAUGGGCAUGCUGAGUUAUCCAAACAUUGUAGCAACGUAUGGCCGAGGAUACACUGGUUUCGCCCCAAGCUACAGCUACCAAUUCCCUGGCUUCCCCGAUUACGGUUUCUAUUCCUCGCCAAGCGACCAACGGGGGCCCCCCUUCUCCUUUGCGGACUAUGGCUCCCUGGGCCCCCAGGCGGCUCAGCUGCUGCAAAGCGAGCAUGCCACAUCAGCCUGCAACUCCCCUCUCCAGCACCUGGCCAGCCCGGAUCAGUAUAAGAGCCCAGGCACCAACCCACCCCGGCCUGGAGCCUUUCCUGGAGCCAGCAGUCCCGGGCCAGUGGCUGACCUGUAUGGCCCCACCAGCCAGGACUCCGGUGUGGGCAACUACAUUAGCGCUGCUAGUCCCCAGCCCGGCUCCGGCUUCGGACACAGCAUUGCUGGUCCUUUGAUUGCGACAGCUUUCACAAAUGGAUACCAUUGAAACCUAACAGGUGGUUGGUUGCCAUCUCAUUUGAGAGUUUAUCAGGAGGCCCGGGGAAGACUGGCCGGAGUUUCUAACUGGUUCUGUGUACAGGUAAAGGCCAUUAAACUUCAAGCACUACAGCGCUGAACGGGAAUCUAAAGCUGAGAUGGCGCCACACGAAGAACAAACCGAAACGUCUGAAUCAUCUCAGAAAGAAGAAAAAAAAAACAAAAACAACUAAACAAUCUGCUGUACUAUACUGAAAACCUGGCUUUUGAAUAUUUUAUCCUAGUGUAGCCCUGACCUUGAAUUAGGAUUUUAUUAGAUUUUUUCCUUUACUGUUUUUCCUUUUAGAAGCAUUUUAGUCAUCUUUUAUUGUGUACACGUUGAAUCAAGCAACGUUUGUUUGAGUUUCUAGAUGUUCUUCAUUGUUCUUGAAUGUUCUCUGAUGAGAGCGACUAUGUAAACAUAAAAUGUCAUUUUUUGUUUUGUUUUGGUAGUAAUAUUCCAAUAGCAGUUUUGUUUCACAGCCCUCGUCUAUCACGUUUCAUACAAGCAAGAAAACAGAUUGAAAUGACUCAGCUUGAAAUGGUGACAUUUUUAAUUCAAGCAUAAACCGCAAUGAGUGGGUAACUCAAAAAAAUCUUAGUAGCUCUGUUCUAUGUUUAUUGUGAUGUCUUGUUAACCAUGAUUACCUAUUUUGGGCAAUAAGAGGACUACAAUAUUUUCACAGUCCUUUUUUAUAAAUGUCAUUUUUGUUGUCGAUGAAAAAAAAAAAGAAAGAAAAGAAAAAGCUUUCCUUUUAAUACUUUGUGAAAUGAGAUUUAAAAAGAAAAUAAUUCUGAGACUGUAUAUAUUAUUCUGUUCACUGCGUCAAACUGUUUCUGAGAGAGAACCAUAUUUUUGUGAUGGUGUCAUCGAGGUUGUAUCGUGUGCAAACCGAAAUAUGUCAGUGCAAAAAUAUCUUCAUGGCUCAAUGCAGUAACCGAGGUCCAUCUGUAGCACAAAGGCCGUGAUUUACCCCAGUACGGACGAAACUCAAUCGAACACUGUUAGCUCGCUUUGUAAAUACCGUCGGCUUUACAACUGUGCAGGUGUCAUACCAGCAUAUGGAUUAGAUAGUACGUUAAGAUGUGCACAGCUUACAAAGAGAAUAUACUUUACAAGGUAUACAGAAAUCAGCAUUGUAACAAAAGAAAAAAAAUCACGACAAAAUCCAAAGCACACAUGAACUAUGAUUUCAAACCGUGCCGAGACAUUUCAUGUAAGCGUUUCAUUUGGCGUUCUGGUGUGAGCUUCUUUUUCCCAGCGCGUGUCGAGAUUUUUACGCUAUCCGAACGAUUCGAAUAACAAAGGCAAUAUUUCAGAAUGUUUUGAAAUUGCUCUACAAUUAGGAAAAAAACAAUCUUUUCUACCAUUACCUCAGUCCUGUGAGAAUUACUUUAAAGGAGAUUACAAAUUAAUUUAUUUUAGCCUGAGACAGAUAUUGAAAAAGAUAUUAAAGUGUUGUUUUGAAAUUAAGUAAAUCAUUGCACUGUGAGAGAAUUUAUCAUUUUCUAUUUGCACAUGUGAACUGACAGUCUCUAACAUGGGUCAUGUGAAGGACCGCUGUGGAAGCCGUUUGUUUCUUUCCACACGGGAUAACAUUUACGAAUCUCGAGUCUUGGCUUGCAUUGAUUCGAAGACUGUACUUUUAAAUAAUCUCUUUCCAGGGAUUUUAUUCUAGAAUAUCAGAGAUGACAGAUGAGUUUAUUGGUAGCAAUAGUUAAUUUCCUCAGAAACACUGAAGCUGAUUGAAACCAGUAGCUGCUACACACAUUUGUUGUACAUGUGGGGACUGGAUUUGAUGAGACACAAAUGGCAUUUAGAAAUAUGGAUGAUAUUUACAAUAUGAAUUGACUGAUGUAUGCUGUUAUUCGAUCUUGUUGAAAAUGUUUUAUUUUCGUUUAUUUAAUUUUUUGUUUGUUUUUUUGUUCAUUUCACUAAACUAACAGAUGAGGCAGAAUGCUGGAUUCUUUCUCAAGAAGGAGACGUGAUAAAAGUAAUGAAUUAAAAAAAAAAAAAAAAAAAAGGAGAAGAACUUUGUGCUAACUGUUUGAGUUGUUUUAAAAAAGACAAACGUAUAAAAAAAGAAAGAAAGAAAAUUAUCCCGAACAUGUUUUGAAUUUAAAUAGGGAUGGAUUUUUAUCAAUAUUUUUGUGGAUGUUAAUGAUUAUACUAAAUAUAACUGACAAUAAUACAGAUAAUAUGUACUGUAUUUAUCAAUUGUUUCUCUUCAUUCCCUGUCACCUCAUUCAGUAAUCUUAUGUUGAUCAUUGUAUUUUAGUAGUGUGUGUUAAAAAAAAAAAAAAAAU